AUGAAUGUCACGCCGCUCAGUCAUGGAAAUAGCCAUCCUCUGAAGGGCGCAUGUCGUCAGGCCGAUGCAAUCAUCCCAGGCAACGGCACAAAGCUCAGCUCCCUCAAUGAGACAGUGACUUAUCUCAAUGGCGACUCGUACAAGGCCGUCUCCCAAAAUCUUCUGUCCAAGGCCGUUACGUUUCCAACUGUAUCUUAUGAUGAUCUCGGUGCAGUCUCUGGAGAUGAUGCUGAUGAGCGCUGGGCUACCCGUGAGCCAUUCAUUGCCUUCCUCGCCGAAUCAUUCCCCUUAUUGCACCAACAACUCAAGCUCGAGCGUAUCAACACUUAUGGUCUCUUGUACACAUGGCAAGGCAGCGAUGCGUCGCUCAAACCCACUGUGCUCAUGGCUCAUACGGAUGUCGUGCCUGUCGCUGAGGCCACCAUCAAUCAAUGGAGCCACCCUCCCUUCUCGGGCGAUUUCGACGGCACCUACAUCUGGGGACGCGGUGCAUCAGACUGCAAGAAUCAACUCAUGGCUAUUCUAGAGAGUGUCACAGUUUUACUGGAACAAGGCUUUGCACCCAAGCGCACAGUGGUGCUUUCAUUCGGGUUCGACGAAGAGAUUUCUGGUGGACAGGGUGCCGGUACUUUGGCACCCACCCUCAUCGAGAGAUAUGGUGAAAAGGGUGCUGCCGUGAUUGUAGAUGAAGGGAAUGGCUUUGUUGAGCAGUGGGGUUCGCUCUUUGCAAGCCCUGGUGUCACUGAAAAGGGUCACAUCAAUGUCGAAGUGACCAUUCGCAUGCCAGGUGGCCAUUCGAGUGUGCCUGUGGACCAUACAGCCAUUGGCGUUGCUGCUGAACUCGUGAGCUUGGUUGAGGGAGACAGGUAUCCAUCAGUCUUCAACCAAGGCAAUCCGUUCUUGGAGUUCCUUACGUGCGGUGCGGUUCAUGCACCAUCGUUCCCUCGCAAGUGGCGCAUAUUGUUAACACAGCAUUCAAAGAAGGCACUCAGUAAGCUUGCCAAAAAGGUUGCAGCACAGUCGCUUCUGGUCAAGUACCUCUUCACUACCAGUAUUGCUGUGGAUGUGAUUCGUGGCGGUGUCAAGGUGUAUGCGCUGCCAGAGCUGGUUGAGACGAGCAUCAACCAUCGCGUCAAUAUUGGCGAAUCGACUGCCGACGUCAAGGCCAAAAUUGAGAAGCUCGCCAAGAAGGUCGCCAAGCGCCAUGGCCUUGAGCUUGUUGGCUUUGAUGCAAAGGACGAGCAAAAGGCAAAAACCAUCACCUUGUCGGCGAAUAACGUCCUUGAGCCAGCACCUCUGACACCGACGGGUAAAGACACGCCAUAUGCCGUCAUUGCUGGUACCACUCGAGCAUUGUAUGAUGGUGUCGUUGUUGCGCCUGGUCUCAUGACUGGCAACACAGACACGCGCUACUACUGGGCACUCACAGACCACAUCUUCCGCUACAGUCCUGCUCGCGGUGUCGAGGGUGAAAACAGCAUGGCAUCGAUUCACACGGUCAAUGAGAAACAGAGUCUACGAGGGCAUUUGGAUGCAGUGACGUGGUUCUGGACAUUUAUCAGGAACAUGGAUGUCGCUCAAGUAUAA